UCCUAAUUUUUUUUUCUGCGCCGAAUUUCCUGAGCUCACUGUCAUGUCAUGAUAAUGCGAUAGGUACUACGGUUCUUUUAACAAAUUACGGGUUUGAACACUUAAGAAUUGGCGACCGUCAUCAGCUUCUCGUCCGAAUCCACCGGAACUAUUAGCAAAUACCUCUACAUUUGCAGCUCACUUACUAUGCUCAUUCUCCCCGCGACGUAAACGCCCUAAAUAUUAACUUUUAAACAGAGGCCGCGCAAAAUGCCUCCGGUUUACUCCCGUUUGUUCGAACCAAUGUGGGUGCGCGUACUGCGGCAGACCACAUCCACCUUAGGGAGAGGAGCGUGGAGGCGCACUUUCGUCUCUAAAUCGCAGCAAACUGUGUCUCUUUCUACUUCAAUAACUUCUCCGUAUGCGAUACGACGACCUACGAUAUUAGACAUUCUAUCCAAAUCAUCCAAGCAACCGUUACGUUCGACCCGCCGAUCAUUUCACCGAACUUCCCGCCUACGAAACGCAAAAUCUACUCCGAAGGAUGCCGCAGCUAAGGAGCCGCAGGGGUUCACGGCCAGGAUGAAAAAGUUGUCAAGAGAAUAUGGCUGGGCGGCUUUAGGAGUUUAUCUGGGAUUAACCGUCCUCGAUUUUCCAUUCUGCUUCCUACUAGUCCGAUCUGUUGGGACGGAGAGGAUAGGCGCAAUCGAACACUGGGUUGUAUCAAACGUCUCCAAAUUAAUACCGGAGUCCGUCCGGACUAGGUGGCGUGAAUACCGCCAAGCCCUCAAAGAAGCCGAAAAAGAAAAUCGCGGUGAUGCCGAAAUUAGUGAAAAAGCUGAGGUAGUCGGCUGGGGUGUAGAGGAGGCUGAGCAGAGGCACAAGGCCGAAGCUAGUCUUGGAACCCAGUUAGCUCUUGCCUAUGCGGUACAUAAAAGCUUCAUCUUCCUUCGAGUGCCCUUAACCGCAGCGAUAACGCCUAAGGUUGUUCAAAAGCUACGGUCAUGGGGUUGGAAGAUCGGAAAGCGACCAACCAAGCGGUAAGCGAAGUUGAUUCUCGAAUAAAAAAGAGCUUUGGUUACAGCAGAGCCUCUCUAUUAUGAGUUAUGAAGUAUAUCUCUCUAGGUUGAAGGUUACAGGGAUAACUUGUAUAAUAAAUCCAAGGGGGGUGUAAGUAAGAUCGAUAAAAGGCCACUAGACUCACUCCACAUAGAAGAUAAAAUAGCACCGAAAGAAACCGAGAAAAUAAAAUCCAACUCGACGAUGUACUCCG